GGAAUGGCGGCUGAGGAGGGGCUUUCUGUGCAGAGGGUCUCGCUAGAGCAGAGGCCACCGGGCAGGACUCCCCCGUGCGAGAGGUGCAUCCUGGAGGGGAGAGCCCCUGGGGGCCUGCCCGAGCACCAGCGACCGCACCCGGGGCAGACAUCCCACGCCUGCGAGGCCGGCGGGAGGCGUUUCUGGCUCAACCCGAACUCUUGCCAGCACCAGAAGCGCCAUGGAGAGCAGCCACUCGAAAGCGACCUGGAGAGGGCCCCGCUGGUGGCGAGCUGCAGGUUCCGCGUGUCCGAGAGUCCCUUCGCCCUGCGGGAGGCGGAGAAGGAUGUCCUGGACAUGCUGCGUCUUCUCCAGCAUCAGGCCACUCUCAGAGGGACCAAGCCGCACAGCACCUUCGCGUGCUGGGAGACCUCGGAUCCCGGGAGAAGCCAUUGCGGGCUCGGCGAAUACGGGAAGUCAUUCGACUACGAGCACAAACUCUUUCAGCACCAGUCGGUUCACACAGGAGAAAGUUACUGCGAGAGUCACACCCGCGACAGCGCUAAGAAACCGUUUAACCAAAGCCCCGUCCUCAGUAACUGCCAGAAGGUUAGCCCAGAAGCAGCGUCUUACGAGUGCAGCGAUUGUGGAAAGUCCUUUAGCCAAAGCUACAACCUCCUUCAGCACCAGAAAAUCCACAGCGGAGCGAGGCCUUACGUGUGCAGCGUGUGUGGGAAAGCCUUCACCUACAAGUUCAGACUCGCUCAGCACCUGCAGAUACACACGAGAGUCAAGCCUUACGUGUGCAGCGAAUGUGGGAAGUCUUUCAGCUACAGUUCUUCUCUCAUUAAACACCAGAGAAUGCACACGGGAGCAAAGCCUUACCAGUGUGGGGAGUGUGGGAAUUCCUUUAGCCAAAGCUCCAACCUCAUCCAACAUCAGAAAAUCCACAGUGGGACGAGACCUUAUAAGUGCAGCGAAUGUGGAAAAACCUUCAGCUACAAAUGCAAACUGGCCCAGCACCUGCGCAUUCACACUGGCGAGAGGCCUUACGAGUGCCGCGAGUGCGGGAAGGCCUUCUGCCACAGCUCCACGCUCAACCAGCACCAGAGGAUUCACACCGGAGCCAGACCUUUUAAGUGUGAUGACUGUGAGAAGUCCUUUAGCCAAAAGUCCAACCUCAUUCAGCACCGGAGAGUUCACACAGGGGAGCGGCCCUACGAGUGUGGAGAGUGUGGCAAGUCCUUCAGCCAGAGCUCCCACAUCAUUCAGCACAGAAAACUUCACACCAGAUAACGGCUCCUGCGUGCA